AUGGGGGAUAAGACGCUUUUUGAGAUCUUUCGGACCCCGGCGAGUCCUUUCUCUGUUAGUCAGCUUAAAAAUGCAUAUUAUGGCUUAAUUAGACGAGUGCAUCCUGAUAGUCAAAUGACAGACCUUCCCAAAAAGGAAAAAGAGGUCUUAUCUAGUUUUAUCAGUACGGCCUACCAAAAGCUAAAGAAUGAUUAUAGUCGGAGUAUUUAUGAGUACUCGUUGGCCCAUGGGACUAAUUUAGUUAAGCGGGACUUUCAUAAUGUUGGGGAUGUGUUUGGACUGAGUAAGGACCUGACUGUGCUUGAUUCGAUUAAGGAUAGACUUGGGUGUGAUAAGAAGUUGGUGAGUUUAGAGUUCUUGGACCGGAUUCUUUAUAUGGAAGACCGAAUUGCUAAUUGCUCCCUUGAGGAACUACCACAAAUUCAGCAGGAGAUUGAAGCGGCUAUCAAGCAGUGCCAAGAGAACAAAACGUCGUUGCAAAGUCUGGUGCACUGGCGAUAUUACCAAAAGCUCCAAGAAAGCAUUGCGGCUCGUACUCUCUUGGAAUAA